GGUUCCUGUUGGCCUUAACCAGACGUUCGCCAGAGAGACAAGGUUCCAUUGUCUAUGCAUAGGAGAAUCGUAUUCUGUGCUCAGCCCUGAAUGAGUUAAAGACGAUCUCGCUGUCAUAUAGCUGCCCCUCCCGGUGCCGAGAGCUUUGUGUGCGGGAGAGGAAGGAUUAGUAGCCGUUAGUCAAUAGGGUGCAGACUAGUGGGGGUCAGAGGGCACAGUGUAGAGCAGGAUGUUUGGGGUGCUGGCAAGCAAGCUGGGUGCAUGAGACUGAUCGCUGGGCGCAUGGGGGCUAAAUAGAGACACACUGUAUGGAGUGACAGGAGAUGCACUAAAUGAAGCGUUCCAUAGGGGAGCAGGGUGGUUCCAGCGUUACUCAGUAGGAUGCGGAUAGGACUUGCUUUGGGGGCUAGUUACGUGGAAUGCGUGGGCUCUGUAUUAACCUGUGGCAGGGGCGCAAGUGACAUGUCUGAGCCGUUUCAGAAUGGAGGGGAUGAGGAGGACGGGGGAGCUCCGUUUUAUGUGAAUAGAGGGGGUCUCCCGAUAGAUGAACCAACAUGGGAACGAAUGUGGCAGUUCGUGGGCAGAACCCAUCCCGACGGGGAGGCACUUGCGAGGAGGAUUCGAGAGGCACAAGAUCUGCCCCGGGUUCCAAUCCCAAGUGUUCCAUCCUUUCAUGCUGGAGCCUCCGUUCCAGAACGUGUAGAGGCCAUUCAAAGAUACAUUCGAGAGCUGCAAUACAAUCACACAGGCACACAGUUCUUUGAAAUCAAGAAGACACGACCCCUCACAGGACUAAUGGACCUAGCCAAAGAGAUGACCAAAGAGGCUCUACCAAUUAAAUGUUUGGAGGCUGUCAUUCUGGCAAUCUACCUGACUAACAGCAUUACUGGGCUGGAGCGCUUUCCUAUCAGUUUUAAGACCCAAUUUUCUGGUGGUUGCUUUAGGCAUAUUGUCCUGGGGCUUCACUGGGGCAAUCAUUUUGGGGCACUAGGCAUCAGCCGACGUGAUGAUUUGAUGUAUAAGCCACUGAAGCACCGUACUCUGAGUGACUUGCUUGAAGACUUCCGUGACGCCUACUCUAAAUGUUGGCACACAUUACGUAAAGUGAAGAUUGGUCCCUAUGUCUCCCAUGACCCACACAGUGUGGAGCAGAUCGACUGGAAGCACUCUGUUCUUGAUGUCCAGGAGCUUGGAAGAGAGGGUCUGCGCAGAGAAUUGGAGCGCCACAGCAGAGAGAUGCGACUCAGGAUAACCAAGGGACCUCCUUCCCCACCUAAGGACCGAAAGAGAGAUGUUACUGCCUCCCCACAAAGAGGACAAUCCAGCCCUCAACGCAGAGAUCGCCCUGAAAGACGCUCAUCGGGGGAAAAAUCUGCAGACUCUAAGUCUCUCCCUGAUCUCGGUGGUUAUCAGAUUCGAGUAUGAAGGGAAUUAAAGAAAAAAACUAGGAAUUCUAAGAGGAAUAGAUCCAUUUUUGCCAGACUGGUCCAAGGGAUUUCUUUUGUACCCCAAUGAAGGCUGGAGCCAUGGGAGAUGAAUUACAUAAUGACUACUGAAAUGUUCCUUUUAUAACACAAUACUACCUUCUGUCCUAGUCUAUCAUUUUCUCCAGAUUAUUCCAUCAAGAUCUUCUAACCAACCUGGCCUGUUCUCUUUAGUGCAAGGGCAGAGAGAGACCAGUCACAAAACUAAACUUUAAACUGAAGAGUGGUUUACAGAAUGGCAUUUGCUUGUAAAAAAAAAUUAUGUUCUAGAGCAGCCUAUGAACAUGAAUGGAGCAGUUUUGCCUAGAUACAAUGGCUUAGAUUUGUCUUGGAAUGGUCUGUGUGUUUCGGUAAUUUACACCUGGCUAGAAAGUGUGUGUGUUGGUGAACCUGGGUGGCCAAUUUUGGUCUUGGAGAUGCCUGGUGUAUUUACAAUGACAGGACAACUCAAUCUUAGAGUAGUAAAUAUCCAGAGAUUAGGUAGAUCCAUUUUUGUCUGUGUGCUGGGGUGAUUGGUCAGUGAAUCGUGUUUAGGCUUAUUUUCUUUGGAGUAGUCUGUGUGGAAACUGGAUAGUUUGGAACUGGAGAAAGUUUGAUGUGGGUUGCCUUAUAAUAGACAAUCUACUUUGAUUUGGAGUUGUUUCUGGGAAAGGUAUGUGUUAAGUCUGUCCUCUGUAUGUGAGGAAUAAAGAUUUGCCUGGCAAUAAUCUGUAGGCAAUGAAAGACUUCCCCUUGAAAUAGAUCCUCUUGAUAUGCAUUUGUUCUGCCUUAGAGUAGUCUGUGAAUUGGGAUUUGGGAUGCCUUCCCUGGAAUAAUGUGUACAGAUACUAUAGG